AUGAACCUGAAAAUAAAAAUGUCAUUUUUUGGGUUUGGUCAAUCAGCAGAUAUACAAAUAAUACUCAACAAUGAAGAUAAACUUAGGACAACAAAAGUUAAACUUGAAGAUGGAAGAAUUGAAAAAAGAUUUCUUUUUUAUGAUGGUGAACCUAUUGAAGGUGAAGUUGUGGUAAAAUUAAAAAAAGCUAAUCAAAAAUUGGAACAUUAUGGUAUUAAAAUUGAAUUUAUAGGAUUAAUAGAAACUUUUUAUGAUAGAAAUAAUCAAAAUGAAUUUAUUUCACUUAAACGUGAUUUGGCAACAGCUGGUGAAAUUCUACAACAAAAUACACGGUUUAAUUUUAGUUUUUUAAAUGUUGAAAAGCCAUAUGAAAGUUAUAUAGGAAAUAAUGUUAAAUUACGUUAUUUUCUCAGGGUUACUAUUGUUAAAAAAUUUUCUGAUAUUGUUAAAGAAUUAGAUAUUGCCGUUCAUACUUUAUCAACUUAUCCAGAACGAAAUACCAAUAUUAAGAUGGAAGUCGGUAUUGAAGAUUGUCUUCAUAUAGAAUUUGAAUAUAAUAAUUCAAGAUAUCAUUUAAAAGAUGUUAUUGUUGGUAAAAUAUAUUUUCUCUUGGUACGUAUAAAAAUAAAGUAUAUGGAAAUAGCUAUAGUAAAACAAGAAGUUGUAGGUAAUGGUGCAUCAACAUUUCGUGAAAAUGAAACAUUAGCAAAAUAUGAAAUAAUGGAUGGUUCUCCAGUUAAAGGAGAAAGUAUUCCAAUACGUUUAUUUUUAAACGGAUAUGAUUUAACACCAACAUUAAAAGAUGUUGGUAAAAAAUUUUCAGUUAAAUAUUUUUUAAAUCUUGUUCUAGUUGAUGAAGAAGAUAGAAGAUACUACAAACAGCAUGAAAUAACUUUAUGGAGAAAAGUAGAUGAAGAAUUAAGAAAAAAGAAUUUUACUCAAAAUGGUGGUGAAAGAAUUACUGAUAGUAAUCCACCUAUUAUGGAAACUAAUUCUAAUGAUAUUAAAAAUAAUGAUGAUGAGAUAUUAGAUGAUGAUGAGGAAGAUGAUAGUGAAAAUCCAACAUCAACAUUAUAA